AUGCCUUCCACGAUGUUGAAAGGUGACAAUGGCCUGCUUCCCCUGGCCAAAGGUCUUGCCUGUGAGUGCAGGUUUUGUAUGGCAGGGCCGGUUCAUUUGGUGCUGCGACAAGCUGCUUUUCGGACUUAGCGACUGACCGUGAUUGCCACUUCUCGCACGCUGUUCCUGCUCGCACGCUAUUCCGCGGAGCUCAGGUCAGCGCUGCAAGGCACGCAAGACUCGUGUUUGGCUUGUCUUCGUUCUGGUGAGUGAUGCAUUGCUUGUGCUCUCGCGUCUCCUGUUGCUCGACCGAGUCUCAAGGGCCUGGACGUGGGGCUGCCCGUGCUGACCAUAGUCGGGUUCCCACGCAUAUGUGCGGCAUACUCAAAAAUCGCCUUCGGCCUUCUGACCGAUCUCAAACAGCUCAAUUCAAGCAUCUCCCAACAGAUAACAUCGCUUGUGUCUACAACGAGGAUCCUGCGAGCCAACCGGCGAGCUCCGAGUUCAUCGUGUCGACUUCCUCUAGCUCGCCAAACCGCAGCCGCCACGGGACGGUGUCGCCUCCUGUUGCCGGCUCUUCACCGAGUCAGUCGAGUCCCCCUUCCUCUGUCUGACUUUUUCCCCCGACAUAUACCGGUUUGACGAUUUCAGAACUCCAUACUGACUGGCGUUACCCCCUCUCCUUCGCACAGUACCGGCAUACGCCCCUUUUCGUAUCGUUUCGGAUGCCUCAGCGUAUACCAGCACUGCUUCGGGUUGGCAUGCUGUUGGUGAACCAGUAGUGUCGAAUGCACUCGGCAAUAAUUCUGGCCUCUGCUCCCUGGACCCGCCGGAUCCGCACGAGGUGUACAUACCCCCGAAUGACUCAUAUCAACACAGGCCACUCUCCGACGCCCGAGCGGACCCCUCAAUGGAUCGCCCACCUCUAAAUCAACUCCACACAGUGCUCCACGUCGCACAGAGUCAGCUCCACGUAUCGAGUUGGCAGCCGCAUUCGACGGUCUAUCCACAACCACAUUUAUCAUCCUACUCCCCCACACUGAACAGCCUUCCCUUGUACCCGCCACCGGAAAUACCCACCAACUUCAACCUGGCGUAUUCAUCGUUGCAUCGGUUCGCGGAUACCAGCGCGAGGGGGGUCAACACGGCACCAUCAUCCAUAUCCCACUCGCCGACCCUCGAGAAUAGCUCGAGGAGAGCGUCCGCAUCGACCAUUCCGUCGCAGACCCCAACCCCAGACCCCGAUGUCGCGAUGCACCGCAAUGCCGAUGGCGGUAGCACCAUCGGAGGUCGCAGAUCGUCCGAGCCAGACCACGCAAGCUUCGCUGGAAAGCACCCCUCCUCAAUCCCGAAGUCACCACGUGGUGUUUCUCUUCAUCGACAUCCUCAUCGAAUCAUAAGCGAUCGAACACCAGGCAGCAGUCCCUCCACUCUGCUCUCUCCCCUUCUACCCCUCGACCUCGCUUGCGUGCAGGCCGCAGGAGCCGCCGAGCUCGGAUCAACGGCAUCGUACGACCACUGGGUCGCGGCGGGGUUGCCCAUGCACGCGAUUCCGGACGGAAACGAGGGCGGGGCGUAUUCGGAGGACUUGGAGAGCGAUGUACGACCUGAGCUGGGGUUAUGA